AGGGCGUGUCUUCCACUUGCCAUGUUGAUCUUCAAUAACACCACGUCCUCCUCCUCUAUCUUCUUUCUCACUGCCUUUCCUGGGCUGGAACUUGCUCACGUCUGGAUCUCCAUUCCUGUCUGCGUUCUCUACACCAUUGCCCUUUUGGGGAACAGCAUGAUUUUGUUUGUCAUCGCCUCUGAGCGGAGCCUCCACAAGCCCAUGUACUAUUUCCUGUCCAUGCUCUCCAUGGUUGAUCUAGGUCUGACCGUCACAACCCUUCCCACAGUCCUUGGUGUUCUCUGGUUUCAUGCCCGGGAGAUCAGCAUUAAGGCUUGCUGCAUUCAAAUGUUCUUUGUACACGCUUUCUCCUUCCUUGAGUCUUCAGUGCUAGUGGCCAUGGCCUUUGACCGCUACAUAGCCAUCUGCAGCCCUCUAAAGUAUGCUACUUUCCUCACAAACGUGAUGAGCCUGGUGAUUGGACUUAUCAUCUGUAUACGACAAGUGAUUUUCCUGUUUCCCUCUAUUUUGGCCGUGAACAAUGUGUCUUUCCAGGGAGGCCAUGAGCUUUCCCAUCCAUUUUGCUUCCAUCCAGAUAUACUCAAAUUCACACACUCCAACCCCUGGAUCAGCAGCUUUUGGGGAAUGUUUCUUCAGCUCUACCUGAACGGCACUGACUUAUUGUUCAUCCUUUUCUCCUAUGUCCUGAUUCUUCGUACUGUUCUGAGCAUCGUGGCCCCUCAAAAGCAACAGAAAGCUCUCAGCACUUGUGUCUGUCACAUCUGUGCUGUGACUGUUUUCUAUGUGCCAAUGAUCACUCUGUCUUUGGCACACCGUCUCUUCAGUUCUACCCCCAGGGUGAUCUGUAGUAUUUUGGCCAAUAUGUAUCUGCUCUUGCCUCCUGUACUGAACCCAAUCAUUUACAGCUUGAAGACCAAGGUCAUUCGCAGGGCCAUAUUCCGGCUGCUGCAAUUCAAGGGUUCAAGGGACUCCAGGGUGAGAGGCCUCAGGGGAAGCUGGAAUUGA